GUAUCUAGACAUCUUUUUUUCUGGCACGUUGAUUGGUUUCCGAAUCUUUAAACUUAUAAAUCAAGCACCUUCCCUCCUAUUUCUCUGUAGUACUAAUAAUAUCUGAAAAAGGACCUAUAUAUAAAGCCUCCUCCUUUGCAACAUUAUGAAAUCAUCCAACAAAUAUAUUUAAUUUCUUCAUUACACAACAUACAAUAUAUUCAAAAGAAGGAUGUCUUCAAGAGGGGCUAGUGAGCCACUUGCCAUAGGGAGAGUAAUAGGUGAGGUAGUAGACAGUUUCAGUCCAAGUGUGAAAAUGAAAGUGAUAUACAAUGGGAGCAAGCAAGUGUCCAAUGGCCAUGAGAUCAUGCCUGCUGUCGUUGCAGCUCAACCUCGUGUCGAAAUUGGUGGUGAAGACAUGAGAUCUGCUUAUACACUCAUCAUGACGGACCCGGAUGCUCCAAGUCCUAGUGAUCCAUACUUGAGGGAACAUCUCCACUGGAUUGUGACAGACAUUCCUGGUACCACUGACAUCUCUUUUGGACGGGAGAUAGUGUGCUACGAGACACCAAAACCGGUAAUUGGGAUACACCGUUAUGUAUUUUUGUUGUACAAACAAAGAGGAAGGCAAACCGUGAAAGCACCAUCAACAAGGGACCAAUUCAACACUAGGAGGUUUUCGGCAGAAAAUGGAUUGGGAUCUCCUGUUGCUGCUGUUUAUUUCAAUGCUCAGAGAGAAACUGCAGCCAGAAGAAGAUGAAUUUUUAACACAAAAUAAGCUAAAUGCACUUUGCAGAGUGAAACCACAGUACAGACAAAAGUAUUGCUAUCCCCCCUGAUUGGUUUAAGAGAUUCAAGUGUCAUUGUCAAGCAUAUUAUAACCUCAUUUCCAAUUAUUAUAUAUACAUAUAUGGUGUUUGUCCUACUCAUCUGCUUAUUUUUAUAAAUAAUGGUUGAAACAUAUCAGGUAGAAAGAGACAUUGAUCAAAUUGAA